CGGGGAGGAGGGGAGAGGCGACCGGCAGAGACCCGCCGGCCCCGAAUGAGCCGCCAGGCCUGUCCGGUGCUCGGAGCCUCUCUCUUUCUCUCUCUCGCCCCGCAGAGUCUCCAUGGGCCUCUGGAGCCGGGAGCCGGGACGCCUGGGUCCGGUCCCGAGGCCGGGAGGGCCCCCCUCCCGCUCCCCCGUGGGCCGGGAGGAAGCCGCCCCGGUGGGGGAGGGCUCCAGGAGAUGCCCUGUAUCCAGACGCAGCAUGGCACGGCAGCCCCCAGCCCCGGCCCCUGCGAGUGCUUCCCCGCCGAGCCUCUGAGCCCCGAGCUGAGCAAGAUCAUGGAGCUGGCCGGGCCCGACACCCCCGGCGCCCCCACCGUCCUGCCCAGCUUCAGCACCUUCAUGGAGAGCUACAGCGGCGAGUUCGACACCUUCCUCUACCAGCUGCCGGCCCCGCCUCAGCCCUCCUCGUCCUCCUCGUCCUCCUCGUCCUCGUCUUCGUCCUCCUCCCCGGCCGCCACCUCUUUCAAGUUUGAGGACUUCCAGGUGUUCGGGUGCUACCCCGGCCCGUUCGGGGCCCCCUCGGACGAGGCCCUGUCGUCGAGCGGCUCCGACUACUACGGCAGCCCCUGCUCGGCCCCGUCGCCCUCCACCCCGGUCUUCCCCGGCCCCCAGCUCUCGGCCUGGGACAGCGCCCUGGGGCCUUACCCCUCCGGCCAGACUUUCGACGGGCCGAGAGCCUGGACCGAGCCCCUGCCCAAGGCCGGGGGCCCGCCGCCCCCGCCCACCUUCUUCGCCUUCGGCGGCCCCCCGAGUCCCGGCCCCCUGAAGCUGGCGGCGGGCGGCCUGCGGCGCGUGGAGGGCGAGGGGUACGGACCGCCCCCGGCCGGCUUCCCCGCGCUGCCCCUGGGGCCCGGCUCCCCGCCGCCGGCCCCGCUGCUGGAUGGGGCGCUGGUCCCGGCCAAGGGACGAGGAGGAGGAGGAGGCUGCGGCGGCGGCGGCGGAGCGGAGGGGCGAUGCGCCGUGUGCGGAGACAACGCCUCCUGCCAGCACUACGGCGUCCGCACCUGCGAGGGCUGCAAGGGCUUCUUCAAGCGCACGGUGCAGAAAAACGCCAAGUACAUCUGCCUGGCCAACAAGGACUGCCCCGUGGACAAACGCCGGCGCAACCGCUGCCAGUUCUGCCGCUUCCAGAAGUGCCUGGCCGUGGGCAUGGUCAAGGAGGUGGUCCGCACGGACAGCCUGAAGGGCCGCCGGGGCCGGCUCCCCUCCAAGCCCAAGGCGACGCCCGACGCCCCCGUCAGCCUCAUCACGGCCCUGGUCCGCGCCCACGUCGACUCCGUGCCCAGCGCCACCAGGCUGGACUACUCCAAGUUCCAGGCGUCCGGGCCGGGGCAGCUGGGGAAGGAGGACCCGGGCGACGUGCGGCUCUUCUACGACCUGCUGAGCGGCUCGCUGGACGUCAUCCGCUCCUGGGCCCAGCGCAUCCAGGGCUUCGCCGACCUGCCCGUGCCCGACCAGGACCUGCUGCUCGAGUCUGCCUUCCUGGAGCUCUUCAUCCUGCGUCUGGCCUACAGGUCCAAGCCGGGCGAGGGGAAGCUGAUUUUCUGCACGGGGCUGGUCCUACACCGACUGCAGUGCGUCCGCGGCUUCGGGGACUGGAUCGACGCCAUCCUGGCCUUCUCGGCCGGGCUGCACCGCCUGGGCGUGGACGUGCCGGCCUUCGCCUGCCUCUCCGCCCUGGUCAUCAUCACCGCAGAUCGGCACGGGCUGCGGGAGCCGCGGCGGGUGGAGGAGCUGCAGGGCCGCAUCGCCGGCUGCCUGAAGGAGCACGUGGCGGCCACGACGGGCGAGGCCCAGCGGCCGGGCUGCCUGUCGCGCCUGCUCGGGAAGCUGCCCGAGCUGCGGACCCUCUGCACCCAGGGCCUGCAGCGCAUCUUCUACCUCAAGCUGGAGGACCUCGUGCCGCCCCCGCCCAUCGUGGACAAGAUCUUCAUGGACACGCUGCCCUUCUGACCCCCCUCCCGCCCCGCAUCCGUCGUCACCACCGCCACCACGUGCCUUCAGGCUCACGGUCCCGCUCCCUCUCUCCCUUCCGUCCCCCUCCCCUAAUUCCCUGGCGGCCCCGGGACGGUCGUAGCCUUUCCUCCUUUUUUUUUUUUCUUUUUGUAAAAAAAAAAAAAAAAAACCCAACAAAAAACCCCACCCCCAAAAAACCAAACCCCUCUUGAACCUGCCAGUUGUAAAUAGCCAAAGCUGCUGUAAAUAAAUGGAGGGGGGGGGGAACGGGGGGAGCAGAUAAAUGGGGGCCCAAGUACCCUGGGGGACCCCCACCCCCGAUGUAUAUAAGCUGCCUAACCCAAGGAAGAAGCGGGGAGGGAGGGUGAGAAAUUGACAUUUCUAUUUGUGUAUUUUUCUGAAUUUACAGAUGUGACUUUUCUGAUUAAUAUAUUUAAUAUAUUGAAUAAAAAAUCUCCCUGGA